UACACCGAUUGACCCUUAGAAUAUUAUUAUAAGCUCUAAAACACUGUACCUAAGUUUUAACUGUGUGACGUAUGAAAAAAAUGAAACGUUUUAAAACUAGAUGUCAAUUAUUUGUCAAUUGUCAUGUACAUUAAGCUAUAAUGGAAAAAAUUCCAGACCAACUCGGAUAUCUGAUAUUGACGGAGGACGGGGCAGUCCUCGAGUCUGGUGGAGAUUUGGAGAACGACGAACGUGUUGCGACUAUUAUAACAGAUCUUAUCAGUUUGUCAAACAGUAUUGAUCCAGUAGCAUUUGGACCUGAAGAAAAGUUCAAAAAGAUAUCUAUAACCUAUGAUGACCACUGGUUUUCUAUAUGUAUAUCCAAUAAGAAGAUAUAUGUUGUAAAAAGAAGCAUACAAACAUCAUCAUCUGAGAUCGCUGUUAACGUGUGAUCAACAUACCUAUAAAAAUGGGUCGCAAUUUAUUGAUGAGUAGCCUCGAAAAUGCAUCCUUUAAUAUACUCCUGCAAAUAUUGUUUAGAUGCGUAACUUUCAUAAUUAAUGCAUGGGUUAUUAGAAAUGUUGGUCAUGAAGUUAUUGGUAUUAUGAAUGUCAGGUUAUUGUUGCUUGAAAGUACUAUAUUAUUCCUAAGCCGAGAGCCCUUCCACCGCGCUUGCUUGGGUCAAAAGGGUGAGUUUAAUUGGAAUCAGGUCAUUAACCAGAUUUGGUUAUCAGUGCCUUUAAGUUUUGUUUUAUCUUCAAUUUUCAUUUAUAUUUGGUUAAAUAUUCUACCACUUGGCCAUCCAGAACAUUCUUCUCAAUAUACCUUCGG